AUGUGUGACGAAGAAAUUGCCGCGCUGGUCGUAGACAAUGGAUCCGGUAUGUGCAAGGCCGGUUUUGCCGGUGAUGAUGCACCGCGCGCCGUGUUCCCGUCGAUUGUUGGCCGUCCCCGGCAUCAGGGCGUGAUGGUCGGUAUGGGUCAGAAGGACUCGUACGUCGGUGAUGAGGCCCAGAGCAAGCGUGGUAUCCUGACGCUGAAGUACCCGAUCGAACACGGCAUUGUUUCGAACUGGGACGAUAUGGAGAAGAUCUGGCAUCACACCUUCUACAAUGAACUGCGCGUGGCACCAGAAGAACACCCGGUUCUGCUAACGGAAGCACCCCAUAAUCCGAAGGCUAACCGUGAGAAGAUGACCCAGAUCAUGUUCGAAACGUUCAACACCCCAGCAAUGUACGUGGCCAUCCAGGCUGUACUCUCACUGUACGCAUCCGGACGUACCACCGGUAUCGUGAUGGAUUCCGGUGAUGGUGUGUCCCAUACCGUCCCAAUCUACGAAGGUUAUGCUCUCCCGCACGCCAUCCUGCGUCUGGAUCUGGCCGGUCGCGAUCUGACCGACUACCUGAUGAAGAUCCUGAUGGAACGUGGCUACACCAUGACGACGACCGCUGAGCGGGAAAUUGUGCGCGAUGUGAAGGAGAAGCUGUGUUACGUUGCGCUGGACUUCCCGCAGGAGAUGGAUACGGCCGCCACCUCCAGCUCGCUGGAGAAAUCGUACGAAAUGCCGGACGGACAGAUUAUCACCAUCGGUAACGAGCGUUUCCGGUGCCCGGAGGUCCUGUUCCAACCGUCCUUCAUCGGUAUGGAAUCGACCGGAAUUCAUGAGGCGGUGUACAACUCGAUCAUGAAGUGCGAUGUGGACAUCCGUAAGGAUCUGUAUUCGAACAUUGUGCUGUCCGGUGGAUCGACCAUGUUUGCAGGAAUUGCUGACCGUAUGCAUAGGGAAAUUAAUGCUCUGGCGCCGAGCACGAUCAAGGUGAAGAUUGUGGCACCGCCGGAGCGCAAAUACUCGGUCUGGAUUGGUGGAUCUAUCCUGGCGUCGCUCUCCACCUUCCAGCAGAUGUGGAUCUCCAAGCAGGAAUACGACGAAUCCGGCCCUGGAAUCGUCCACCGCAAGUGCUUCUAG